AUGGAAGAAGGGGUGUUUAUGGUGAGAGUGGCUGCUCAAGCGGAGAGGUAUGAAGAUGCAGUUGAUUUAUUAACAAAGGCCUUGCAACUAUCUCAGAAAGAUGCAUCCCCAGAGGUUGUAGCUGAGUAUAAAGAUAAACUCAGCCUCGAACUUGACCACAAGUGCCGGCAAGUCAUUGACAUUAUUCAAGAGCAUUGUCUGUCAAAGGCUACCACUGAUGACUCUGAGGGGAGUUGCACCUCUAAAGUGUUUUAUCUGAAACUGGUUGGAGACAACUACAGAUACAUUGCUGAGACAGCUUCUGGGUCAAGGCGAGACAAAGCCAUUGAGAAAGCUGAUAGCUUCUAUAAGAAGGGAACCAAUGUCUGCAAGGAUGACAGUUGAUACAACCCUAACAGACUUGGAUGCUCGCUAAAUUAUUCGGUAUUUUGGUAUGAAAUCAUGGAGGAUAAAUCUAAAGCUUGACAAAUUGCAGAAGAAGCUCUAGAGGAAAGGAGAGAAUAUAUAUGACAGGAUGAUUCAGACGAAGUUCGAGACUCUCUCCCCAUUCUUGAACUUUUGAGAGAGAACAUUGAUAUAUGGAAAGAAGGUGAAGAUAGCCUUUAUUAA